CAAGGUGUUAACAGUAAAAAUAUUUAUUUUCAAAGAAUGGUACAAUAAAUAAUUAAAGUUAAAGUUCCAUUUAAUACGUCAUUCUGUCUAUCGUUCAUUCGCAUUCACGGCCGCUUCGAUCUCAUCGAUCAAAAUGUACAAUGCAAAUAAAAACAAUGGAUAAACUCAGAUGUAAGCGUAGCCUAAAAUUGCGCGCAGCGCGCAUAAUCUAAUUCUAACGAACAGCGUCUCAAGAAGACUGCGAAAUGACGUCAAACUGAUCACUGAUACAUGUGCAGGUGAGUGUGUUUCGUCGUGUAAUCUCCGCUAAUACGAUGCUGAAUAAAAUUUCUUAAAAUAACCUUCAGGGUUCACAACCUUCAUCCUCAAUCUGUCUAACCAAAAUUCCAAUCGCGUCAACGAUGCGUCCCAAAGGGAUGAAUCUAUCGACGAUCUCGUUUUCAUUGACCCCAAAAGCUAUGAUAAGCGCACAGGCCGGAAAUUCGAAUACACAAUGAGCGAGCGUUCCACCAGAAAGCUAUCGUCGUCGCGUAGAAUCGUAGAGGACGAGAGAUGGAUGAACUGUUACUUCCGGAAGCUGGCGUCCCUAUACAGAAAGUCGCCCUGUCUGUGGAAAAAGGACACGCCGAAUUAUCUGAACAGCGAGCGCAGACAUCGCGCGUACGCUCGCAUUCAUCGCGCAAUGGAUUUGCCUAAAGUGACUUUGGUCGAGAUCGUCCUAAAGAUUCGCGAGAUGCGACGAUUGUACGUGAACGAGUUGAAAACCCUGCUGGAAGCCGAGUCGCUCGGUCGUCGCUGCGAAAUCUCGCUGCCUUGUUUCUACGACUUGCAUCGAUUUCUCUAUCCGUACCUGGAUUACGACGAAGCGGUCGAACUGCACAACAUCAACCAAACCUUCGUCGAGAUACGGGAAAUACGAAAAUCUGAUUCGAACAUCGGUUUGCCAGCAUCGAACACGAACAGCCGGGCAGAAAAUAUUUUACCGCCGAAUGCACCGCGACCUCUCGCUACCCUAAAUUCGAACAGUUCCCCUGUCGUUUCUUUACCGGAGGUCAAAGCUCGCCCUCGAACUUGUCCUCAUUCCUGCAGCAGGAUUACCGAGGCGAGGAAACAGCUGAACAGAUUUCCUCUUCGUUGUUCGAUGUGCACCAGUAGGUCGAGUGCCCGCUACGAAAACAGCUCGCGACACCAUGGGGACACGACCAGGGACGCGUCGAUGGGGAUGAGACAGGAAGAAUCUCAUAAACAUACAAUCUGCGAAUUGCACGGCAUAUCAUCCAGCGAAAAUGCUAGUGACACCGAUUCGGACCAACUGGAAGCUUUCUCUGUGAGUGUAACGCGUUGCUUGAAGAGAUUAGAUAAACCCUGCGUGAUCCGAGCUCAAACGAAAAUACAACAAAUCUUGGAGAGAAUGUUGAAUAGAUGCAAGGUAAUGACAGAUCUAAGUAUCAACAAUGAGACCGUAAAAAAUGAAAACGCUUGUACUCUAUAUUUUAUACCAUCUUGUAGAACAGUCCACUAUAAACAGACUUCCUUAUACAAAUUGCCUCGAGUCUGUGAUAAAGCAUCCGAGAGGAUCCGAGGAAGGUAAAGCUACCAUAUCUGAAGGAGCUUGCUUGAGAGGCCAUCGAGCUAAAAAGGGUGCAUUGUUUCAGAUCCAGCGUGAAAUAUAUGCGAAAAGCGGCGCGGCGCGGCGUGCACACGAUCGGCACCUCCCCUAUUCGUUCAUGCGUAGCAGGUAGACCUCAUAAAUAUUGCAAAAAAGCCUGGCGGCGCGAGUAGCUCGCGAGGAGCAUGAAUAUCUAACGACAAAAAGCUUCAAUCGUAGUUGAGUUCCGUCGUGUAUGUAUCAGGGUUGUAGAACGCGGAAUGGUAUCGAUCCGACUUUGGGUAGACCGCAGCAUUGCGAUUAGUAUUCAGUCGGUGUCGCAGUCGACCGGUCGGACAAGGCCAGGGAUGGGGGGCGGCAAGAUUUGCUCUGGCAAAACGGGGGAGGAUGCGUGCCGCACAACCUGUUCCUGAUAACGGGCUAUGCUUUCAUCGAAAUCUCUCCGAUAAAAAGCACGCAUCUCGAUCGUUAUUGGCGCUAAGCUGAAAUGCGAUUAGACGAGAUCGCUUUAAUCCUCAAAGCGUUUUCCCUCGAUUAAAGGAUUAUCAGAGAGGUUUCAGCGAAUCCUCGAUGCCGGCGACGAGGCUGACUGCCUCGCUCCGUUGGGGAUUGAUUGUCCGAUGAGAACGAUGAAGCACGAUUAAAUUCGUUUCCCUAUAACUUUGCAACGGACGAUGACCUUUGAAGAAUUCAGAGUAAAAUCUUUAAAGUGGAAAGUAAUUUCCCGAUGAAAAAAUAAAGCGUCACUUGCCUCGUCACGCAGUACUAAAUUCAAAGAGUUUGCGAAAUUAAGCGUCGGGCAUGGAAACAGGGCGAGGACCUCUGAAAAUCCGUGGGUAGUUCUGACUAGGUAUCGAGUGAACGGAUGAACGGACAUUUAGACCGAUUCCCAAAAUCCCCUUCAUACCAGAUAAAACGGAAUUCAAGUGGUUGAUCGGAAGAGGUUUGAUCUCCGAACGAGGCUAGUGAAUAGCAGCAAAUAGAAAGCGAAGCCUCUUGCGAAUAUCUACCAAACCUCGAUGUGUUUCGCAUGAAAAAUUGUCAUUGCGAAAAUCUGACAAGCAUACAUCUUCGAUCAAUCAUGGAUCAAACCUUUGCUUCGUACUACACGUUUAACACAAUGGAAACCGUCGCUGCCACGCUAUUGGCUGGUUGAAUCUAUUUUCAAGCAAACAAAGCUGAUCCGAUCACAUCGGCGAACAAACCUAUCAGCUCUCUCAUUCUCUUUCUCUCUAUGGGCCCUUUACAGCCUAACGACCACAACUCGAAACAAAAUUUUUAUCGGUAAGACAUCAAAGGGAAUUCCAUCGUACGUUAGAUGAAAAGGACGAGCAGCGAAAAAGGGAUGAGUAAGAAAGGGAUCGGGAAGAGCGAAGACGGUGAUGCGAGCAGGAAUAGUCGAGAUGAUUGGCAAGUGGCGUUUCCGGACGAAACCGAUCUAAUGCAGUCCCAUUAGUGUUCAGCUUUGACCGCUGUAACGCGCAUUACCCGUUACUCAUGGCCUCUUAUU